CCCCGUCACUAAUUCUUCACACAUCAAUUCAAUCUUCGAGGAUCGCCCGACAAGAACAACAAUCAAGAUGUCGGACGUAGAAGAGAACAACGCCCCCGAGGUCGCCGAGGAGGUUGAAGUUUCCGGAGAUGCCCCCAAGGGCCAGAUGUCCGUCCUGGACGCCCUCAAGGGUGUUCUCAAGCUCGCCCUCAUGCACGACGGUCUCGCCCGCGGUCUCCGUGAAGCCUCCAAGGCUCUGGACCGUCGCCAGGCCCACAUGUGCGUCCUGAACGAGAACUGCGAGGAGGAGGCCUACAAGAAGCUGGUCAUCGCCCUCUGCAAUGAGCACAAGAUCCCUCUCAUCAAGGUUCCCGAUGGCAAGCAGCUCGGCGAGUGGGCCGGUCUCUGCGUCCUGGACCGUGAGGGUAACGCCCGCAAGGUCGUCAACUGCUCCUGCGUCGUGGUUAAGGACUGGGGUGAGGAGUCCCAGGAGCGCUCCAUCAUCCUGAACUACUUCCAGACUUCCCAGUAAGGGCAUGGACGGCGUUGAAAUAAAAAGGUUAUAGAGGUGCGGUCUUGGUUUCUCUUCAGGACGCGUGGAAAAAACGACUUUCUUUAGGGUUGUACUCUAGGCCUAACAACACGGCCAUCUUGCAUGACGGGGAAAUAAAAAAAGGAAUUAAGAAUCAAGUGACCUGCUGG